AUUGUACAAUGUGGAAGUUUGUGUAGUAGUUAACUAAGUGGGACAAGUUGUCAUCCUAACUUUUGAUAUCGCUUUCAUGUCUUCAACUUUUAACAACUGCAUAGGUGUGAAGCCAGCUAGCUACCGUUAGCUACAUACGUCUAGCUAGCUCGCUAAGUAGACAGUCGGGAGUCUGUGUCGUUAGCGUUAGUCUUGUUGAAUCCAGCUUAGUGGCAGGAUAGCUUUUAGAUAAUCUGUUCUCCUCCAAUUUGUUUUAUAUGGUAAACGGAAUGUUUGUUUUGUUCAAACAUGCGAUGAGUACCCUGGUCGCAGAGUCGAAAAGUUUUAUUGCGCUCUAAUGACAUUCUGGACACGUCGCGAGCUAAUUUGUGACCAUUGAACAGUAGCAGUGUAAAUAAGCUAGCUAGGUUGACUUAAACCAGGUACCAAACCAUCUAGCUUCUAUGGUUGACUGAUGGGGAGGGAAGAAUAUGUUGGUUUUUACCAAACUAGGAUCAAGUCGCUAUGCUAUACUGUUAGCUAAGAGAAUGGCGACACUGAGCUAAAUUGCUCUGUUACCUUGGUAAGUUAUGCAUGCCAUCGAUUGGUGUUUACUGUUAUCACAAACCUAUCUGAUUAUUGGAACACAGUGGCCCGAGGCCGACACGCAAUACCAAAACACCGAACACCGCUGCAACGCUACUCAAGUCAUGGAUUAUUUAGCUAGAUACAGUAACGUUACCUAACCUCACUCCGGCAGCGUGUCCACCGCCUAGUGAGAUCAAAUGUUGCUUUGGGAAGGUACACGUUUGAAUGAGCUCAGUGAUAAUACUUUGGGCCACGUUUCACCGCUGACAUAACGUUACAUGCUCUAAAUGUGAAAGGGGGAAUUGUGAUGGCCCCGGUGUCCCGGGCGGUGCACACACUCCAUGUGGAGUUUCAUGCCCGAACAUGUUCCCGUCAGACGCCUACAGUGUGGAUAGUGUUGGGUAUAUCUAGGUAUUUCAGUUCCUGUAACACUAAGUACAUCAUAUGCUCGUCACCAGCCUCUGCUGUCAUCGGUUUGGACUCGUAUUCUUUGGAAGUCAUACAAUGCAGUUCCUCUUUUACGCUGGUCUGCUGAUCUUUCCCUCUGAAUCACGGACAGCAGCUCAUGAGAUAAGAGACCUUUCUUGUCUUAUGAAUCAUGCCCACCCCGUCCCAUCCCAAUGCCUUUUCUGCUCUCAUCCAUGGACUGAGGACCUGACUGUGUCGCUGAAGAAUCUCUCAAGUCAUACCGUUUCCUGUUUGUUCACAAUCAGGGAGGUUUGGACAAGAACAGGGCAAGUCAGUUUGAGAUGAGCAAUACAGCUCUGGAUUACAGCUUGAAAUACACUCCAGCCCAGCGGAUGUCAAGGUCGCCCCAAUGUCCCUCUCUCAGAUGACACCACUGCCCAUCAUUCAGUUGCCCCGGGCCUGAGGGUAUGUUGAGGAGUGACGGCCGGCCAGAUCACCGGGGUGCAGACGGAGCCGAGCAGACCUGAAGAGGAGAGGAGAGGAGGAGAGAAAGUGAGAGCGUGAGAGAUGGGCCAGUGUGUCACGAAGUGCAAGAACCCCUCCUCGUCUCUGGGCAGCAAGAGUGGAGACAAGGAGUCAGGCAAGUCUCACGGCAAGAAGGGCAGCGGAGGGCACAAAGACGACUCCUGUCCCAAGAGCUCGGCCGAGCCCGUCUACAACGGCACCAAGGCACCCGAAGUGACCGUGGAGACCAGCCUUGCCCCAGCCCCGGUGCUCGGGGAGGGACCGAAAGAGGAAUGUUGGCCAGAGGGGGAAGGGGUGUCCCUGCGGCGGAUCGAGGAGAUGUUCCUGAUCUAUAAGGACGAGCAUGAGGACGCCAUCCUGGAGGAGGGCAUGGAACAGUUCUGCGAGGAUCUGCACGUGGACCCCGCUGAGUUCCGCGUCCUCGUGCUGGCCUGGAAGUUUCAGGCCGCCACCAUGUGCAAGUUUACAAGAAAGGAGUUUGUGGACGGUUGCCGUGCCAUCCAGGCCGACAGCACGGAGGGGAUCUGCUCACGCUUCUCUGUGAUGAUGGAGGAGGCGCGGGGCGAGGAGAGCUUUAAGGACCUGUACCGCUUCACCUUCCAGUUCGGCCUGGACGUGGACGAGGGCCAGCGCUCGCUGCAGCGCGGCAUCGCCGUGGCCCUCUGGAGACUGGUCUUCACGCAGGACAUGCCGUCCGUGCUGGACAGCUGGCUGGACUUCCUGUCGGAGAACCCGUGCGCGGUGCGUGGGAUUUCGCGCGACACCUGGAAUAUGUUCCUCAACUUCACGCAGAGCAUCGGGUCCGACCUUAGCAACUACAGCGAGGACGAGGCCUGGCCCAGCCUCUUCGACUCCUUUGUGGAGUGGGAGUCGGAGCGCCGGAGGAGAGAACAGGAGGAGGAGGACAAGAAACGGAGGGGAAUGGGAGAGGAGGAGGGGCAGGGGGAGGGGGAGUGCCCUGCCCCCUCUCUGACAGACUGUUCUGAAGCGGGAGCAGCACAGGGCUGGACUUCUCACUGACUGCACUGUGCUGUGGGGCAUGCUGGGAUAUGAACCCUUGAAAUGGCCUUGGUGGAUAUGAGUAUUACUGUUUCAUUACCCAUCUCUAUUCCACCAGAAUUAAUAUUAUUAUUUUGGCUGCUUGGGGAGGGUGGUCCCCUCCCACCCCGGCCCCACCCAUUCUCGUGUUUUUACGAAAGGGCUCUGUAAUGAAAUGGUGUUUUUAAGCACUUCUAUUUAACUUAUUGUUUCUAUUUUGUAAAUGAUUGUUUUGGUAUUUCACAUCCUGGUUUGUGGAGAGUUCACCCCUUUCAGGACCCCCCCUCCCCCCCGCGCGUUCUCAGCAAGCCCCCCCCCCCCCGUGAAGCCCUGGUGACUGGGGAGAGAGAGAGUGGCUGCCCGUCGGCAGCUGCAUCUCAAUCCACCGACUGCUGCCCCUGGGUUCACGUCUUUCGCUCACUUCACCUGCAGGGUCUGUGUGUGAGAGAGAGAGGAGAGGAGUACGUGUUGAGCGGAUGCACAUUUAACGGGCAUCCCAUUCACACAUUACCAUAAGCCAGGGCGGUGACGCCCGAGCCAAUCCCAACCAAACCAGCACGCCAUGUGUGAACCUUGAGGAUGCACCCUCAGAGGUAGAAGAGGGGGAGAGAGGAGAGUACUCUGUGGGGUGACAGAACAGGAGAUAAAAGAGGGAUGCAGGGUAUAAUGUUUAAUGUUGGGCUAAUGUCGUAGGGUGUCAGCCUUAAAGCGUUGCACAUAGAGGGUAUCAUCAACAUUUCGACACCAAAAAUCAGCUCCUAACAGGCACAGUGUGUUCAUGAAAGAAAUCACAACCAUACUUUAUUUUUUUUUUUUUUUUUUUUUUCCUGCAUCAUUCAAGUUUCCAGCAGAAUAGUGCCCUGACCUUAACGCUUGGCCCAAAUUAUGAAUCUGUCUGGCCACCGUGACUGCAAAGUGAUUCAGCAGAAAUGAGCUGAUGAGAUCCGGGAUAAAGCCCUGCGCUGCUGCACUGAGAUUGAGCGAUACAAGAUGUCCCAGGAUGUCCUAGCCACCACUCGUCAAUCCCCCCCCCUCUAAGAGGCAUUUUCACCGAACCAAAGCACCAUGUUGCCCAACGGCUCAUCAGUUCAAACCAUUGUAGAAAACAAGUAUUAUUGCAGAAUCCACAGAUUCCUUUAACAACAUUGAGAUCUGAAGCAUCAAAGUUGGGAACAUGUCAGGAUGUAUUCCUUCUAUCUGAAAUCAUUGUGUCCCUCUUGUAAGUUGGACAAUGCCCUUGGGAUGACUGACGUGCCAUUCGCAUGGCUCUCUUAAUGUGGUGGUGACAUCGAGAUGUGUAUGAAAUGGAGGGAUAAUGUUUGCUGAAGAGUUGAGGGGGUAUAUUGUGGACCAGGUAUCCCUUUCUCUUCCAAUCUCCUCAUUUUCAGUCUCUCGCACGCUUCAACCUCUUAAGACAGGAAGUACUCUAUGUAACAUUUAAUGAAGAAGGGAAAUUGCUGCCUAAAUAA